UGUCAUGUGAUCAGCUGUGUCCAAUCACAGCUGAUCGCAUGGGAUAUCUACACUGAUCAUCAGGGCACUGAUGAUCAGUGUCCUGAUGAUCAGUGUAGCCCUAUGAGUGCCACCUGUCAGUGUCCUUCAAUGCCACCUGUCAGUGCCCAUCAGUGCAUAAGAAUGCCACAUGUCAGUGCCUACCAGUGCACAUCAAUGCCACAUAUCAGUACCCAUCUGAGCUGCCUUUCAGUGCCAACCAUCACUGCCGCCUAUCAGUGUCAGUCAGUGCCGCCUAUCAGUGCUCGUCAGUGCCGCCUAACAGUUCCAGACAGU